AUGUCCGACAAUCAACCCCCGCAACCUCCGCCAUCAUCCACCAACAACACCUCUUCCAACACUGCAACCACCGCCGCCUCUCCCUCCUCCGCCAACCAAAACACAAUUAACCCCCAAAAUGAAAAUGCAAACCCAUCCCUACCAUCCCGCCUCCAAUCCUCCGCCACAACCCUCGCCCAAAACCUCUUCACCCCCUCCCCAGCCGACAUAGCCAGAAACCUCCAACCAGGCGGUAGCAGCAGCAACAAAGCCGCGCCACCAUCCUCGGUAGCGGCGGCAUCAGCGGCGCAAACGUUCCAUGGGGAAACCACUGUGCCGGGAAGUUCGGUUGGGAGGGGGAUAUCACGGCAUGGAGAUGUUGGGGGGAGAUUUCGGAGCGCGACGGGGAGCGCAACGGGGCAGGAUGGGUUGAUGGAGGAGGCAUACCAGUUCCAGAAUGAUCAGGCAUAUCAAGAUGGGGGGCUAGAAUCGGGUGUAUCGCCCUACGAGCAAGAUGCGAUCGCAGAUAUAAAAGGGAAAGGAAAGGGAAAGGCAUCAGAAAAAGAAUACGAACAAGACUAUCAACCCUUCGAAAACACCUGGCAAUCCAUCACAGCCACACACUCCGAACCGCAGUCUGCAUACCAAAACGCUCAAGACGGCUCCAAACUCCUCACACUCCUAACAUCCCCCUCCUUCAACCCUGAAUUCCCCGAACUCAUCACCACCACCGACAACCUAGACCCAGUCCUCGUCCCAAACGACCUCUCCGACCCAUCCCCCUUCCCUCUCUCCGCCCAAGAAAUCCAAACCCUCGAGUCCUUCCGCCGAAAGCUCGGCUCCCACCCUACCCAAGGACAACGGCGCAUAAACCCCACAAGUCUAAUCCCCGACAUCGACAACUUUCUCUCCACAGUCCCCGCGCAAACGCAGAAUGAUGCUACCGCGCUGCGCGAUGCGGUAUUGACGGGGUUGCCGGGGGCGGAAGAGUGGGUGGCUGUUGAGGAGAAAUAUCAGGAUGAGGUGUGGGGGUUUUUGAAGCCGGUGCUUGAAGAGGCGAGGAGGGAGAUGGAAGAGAAAGAAGAGAAUGGAGGGGAUAUGGAAAAAGGGAGAGAGGAUGGACCGGCAGUGGCGAGGUUGAAGAUGAUUUUGAGGCAUAUGGGAGCGUAA